AUGCCUGUGUCGAGACCGCCAUCGCAACAGGAGGAAGAGCUUCUGCCAGUGGCCUUACCAGCCAGAGAAUGUGACAUUGGAUCACCCGGAAGAAAACGAUUUCGUACUGAAAACGACGUGUUUGAUAGCAAUAAGCCUUCGACAUCUAAUGAAGGACAAAGUUGUUCGAACUCUGAUGAUUAUUGGAAAACACAGAAUGUCUUUACUGUGAAUGGCGAAACCUACGAAAUAAACUCCUUUAAUGAUUAUAUGCGUUUAAAAAUUAACAAGCUUAAUCAUCAAGUGAACACAAUGAAUUCGAAGAUGAUUGAAAAAAUUUCAAACAUUUUUAAUGGUCUUUCAGUUUUCGUCAAUGGUUAUACUGAGCCUCCGGCGUUAGUAAUUCGCGAUUUAAUAAUAUCACAUGGUGGUGAAUAUCAUUGCUAUUAUCUUCAUGGAAGAACUUCUUAUAUAAUUGCUUCGUCGAUUGCAAAAGCGAAAGUUGACAAAUUAAGAGAAAAUGAACGAUAUAUCAAGGCAGAGUGGAUAACAGAAUCAAUAAACGCUGGAAAGGCUCUACCAUACAAGGAAUUUCUUAUAUAUGAAAAAGGCGCAACAGAAAAAGGGGUUAUGGAAAAGUUUUUAACGAGCAAUUCGGACGAUACUGACAAGGAUUAUGGAUUUUUAGAUGCAAGGAAUCCUGAUUUCAUCAAAAAUUAUUACUCUAGGAGUCGACUUCAUUUAAUUUCGACUUUAGCUCAGGAUAUGAAAGAUUUUGUGGCAAAUUUGAAAUCACACAAAGAAUCUCCAAUAAGAUCUUUUGAUGAAGCGGAACUUGACGCUCUUAAAUCAUUCUCAAAGUUAACUGAUCCCGUCAUAUUUCAUGUAGAUCUGGAUUGUUUCUUUGUUUCGGUUGCAUUACGAUCCCGUCAAGAUUUAGUCGGUAAACCAGUGGCAAUUACACACAGCAAGGGAACAACGUCGAGUAGUAUGAGCGAGAUCGCUUCAUGUAGUUAUGCGGCCCGAGAUUGUGGUGUUCGAAACGGAAUGCUAGUCAAAGAUGUUCUUCAAUUGUGUCCCACAAUAGUACUUCUUCCUUAUCAAUUCGACGAUUACGUACGAGUUAGUAAAAUAAUCUACGAAGUGUUAGCUAGUUACACCCUUGAGCUACGAGCGAUAUCAUGCGAUGAAAUGUAUCUAAACGUGACUGCUUUAUGUGAAAAACAUUCCAUAGGAGAUCCAAAAACUCUUGCGGAGCACAUGAGAGCAAUGAUUCGGAAAAAGACUGGCUGCCCAGCAAGUGUGGGUAUAGGUCCAACAAGUCUACUGGCUCGUCUUGCAACUCGACAUGCUAAACCAGAUAAUGUGUUUUGGGUCCAAAAAACAAUGGUUGAAAACUUCAUGAAACAAGAAAAAGUAAAAGAUUUGCCCGGCCUUGGUUAUCAAAUGUUGGAAAGGUUACGAGUAUUGGGAGAUAUCAAUACUUGUGCGCAGUUACAAGCGAUUGAUGAACUAGAAUUAGCGCGAAUUUUAGGUCCGAAACAUGCAAAUAAGAUAUACAAACAAUGCCGCGGAAUUGAUGAAGAUCCUGAUGAUUUUUGGAAAACCAAACUUCGAAAAUCGGUUUCUUGUGAUAUUAACUAUGGAAUUCGUUUUAACAAGAAGACUGAGUUGAUGAAUUUGUUGAAAGCAAUUGGAAAAGAGCUUGAACGGAAAUUAAUUGAUUGUCAAAUGAAGGCAUCAGCCGUAACUCUUAAGUUAAUGGUGCGAGCGGCUGACGUACCGGUCGAAACGGCUAAGUUUAUGGGACACGGAAUCUGUGAUUCAUUCACUAAAACAUCGAACUUUUCGUCUGCAACGCAGAAGUCAGAAGUUAUCUAUUCGGAAGCGUUGAAGUUGUAUAAUAAAAUUGGUCCUAGAGUAGAAGAUUUAAGAGGGGUCGGAGUUACAUGUGGCAAAUUGCAAACCAAGACUAGAAAAGAUUUGGCUGAUGCCGUCAAAGAUAUGUUUUCCAAAGGGAACAACAAGAGAGCUGAAAAAUCAAUAUGUUCGACUAAUGACAAUGAAGAACGGGACGAAGAAGAUGAAGAUAUGGUUCAGACUGUCGCGCGAACAUGCUCAAGCAAAGAUCGGGAGCUGUUGACGGUUAAGCUAUCGUCAACUUCAUCGUCAAGUAUGGAUAAUCAUAAUCAGAGCGGAUCUUCUUCAAGCGGAGCAGAUAGUUCAUUUGGCGUUCUGGCCAUGCCUUAUGAUGAAUUUGACAUCACGCUCAAGGAUAUCAAUGAAGAAGAGUUGGAAAGGACCCUGGAGUCUUUUUUUGGUGCCGGAAACGUCGUCGACGGACAGUUCUACUCAUUCGCCAUCCAGGACCAGUCGACUCGAAUCGAGUGUCAAGUCAGUAAAGUUGGCACCCAUUUUGAGCAUGUGAACAUUUUGGGAGUCGAUUCGUUGCGUCUUUUAAAUGUUUCCUUGACUAUGAAUUGGCGUGCCAACUCCUUCUCUCUUAUUCGAGUGUAG